UCCAGGCACUGCAGCCUAACUGAAAAGGGCUGGCUCUUGAUGGAUGUCCUAGAUUCUAGACAGUUUCGAAGGGAUGCGAAGGAAACUGGAAUUUCUGGGGGGUAUUCAGGACUAGCAAGACCAUUUCUCCGAAGUUCACAGCGAGUAGGGAUCGCAGACGGCCUGAGUCGUCCAGAGUGAGCGAGAGCGGCAUCUCUAUGAUCAAGGAGCAAUAGAGCGGGCCUCUCUUUCCCUCCUGCGCAUGCGCAGUAGCUGUAGAGCCGGAAAGAUGGCGGAGGAAGGAGAAAGAAAAAAGAUCCCUUUGGUUCCAGAAAAUCUCCUGAAAAAGAGGAAGGCUUAUCAGGCCCUCAAAGCCACCCAGGCAAAGCAGGCACUUUUGGCAAAGAGGGAGGGAAAAUCAAAACAAUUCAGGUUUAAGCGACUGGAAUCAUUCCUGCAUGAUUCCUGGCGGCAGAAGCGUGACAUGGUGCGAGUCCGGCGACUGGAGGUGAAGCCUCGUGCACUGGAAGUGCCUGAUAAGCGCUCCCUGGCCUUCGUCCUGCGCAUCGAAAGGAUACAAGGAGUGAGUUCAUUGGUCCAGAACACCAUAGCAAGACUUCGCCUGAAGAAACUGUUCAGUGGUGUCUUCAUCAAUGUCACCCCUCAGACUGUAAGAAUGCUGCGCACAGUGGAGCCUUAUGUGACCUGGGGGUUUCCAAAUCUGAAGUCUGUCCGGGAACUCAUCUUGAAACGUGGACAAGCGAAGAUUAACAAUAAGACCGUCCCUCUGACCGACAACACCGUGAUUGAGGAGCACCUGGGGAGAUUUGGUGUCAUUUGCCUGGAAGACCUCAUCCAUGAAAUUGCCUUCCCGGGGAAGCAUUUCCGGGCGAUCUCUUCAUUCUUGUGCCCAUUCCACCUCUCUGUGGCCCGUCAUGCUACCAAGAACAGAGUGGGGUUCCUCAAGGAGAUGGGCUCUCCUGGCUAUCGGGGUGACCGCAUCAAUCAGCUCAUCCGCCAGCUGAACUAAGCUGGGACCAGGUGCGACUGUGCUGCAGACUGCU